AUGGCUCCUUCUCCUGCGCCCCACGAACGGCCCUCGGCCAUCCAGUCUGCUGCUCCUGCUUCCGUCGCCCCGACGGCCAACAGCGCCACAUCACCUGCUGCGCGCAGAUCGUCAUCAGCUUCAAAACCUGCUCCCGCCCAGGCAUCCGCUCAAAGAUCUGGGAGUAUCAGCCCCAGAGCCGUGCCUACCUCAGGCAAAGCUUCCCCCUCCGGCGCAUCCAAGCCCGAAGUCAAUAUUCCUAAAGUUGUCAUUAAGAAGGAGCCUGGCUCUCCCACUAUCGGCAACGCUCGACCCAGACCGCGGAAACUCGAUCUCUCCAAGAACACUCUCAACAGCAAUGCGCCCGCCUCAGCUCUUCCCAUGACUGCUAGAGAUGGUCUCGGAAUCCAAGAGGUUGGUCUGGCUUGUCUGUCCCCCGGCUUUGUCACCCAAAACCCCGUCAUGAAGGAGCAGCUUCAGCGGAGUCUGAGUGUUCGCGAGCAACAGCGCCACAUUAUCGAAGCCCGUCUUCAGCAGCAGUCGGCAAAGGGCGACGGCACUCACCCGGAUCGUGAUGGCGCACCUCAGUUUUCCGCCAAGACGCCCGGCCUAUCAUCUCAUCGCAGACGGGCGCCUCCUGGUCUCUCCAUUGUUGCGCCUUCCCACGAGCAAUUCGCCAACGAGCGCGUCAUUCAGUCUGCGCCUCUCGGCCACAGUUUUACCGGCCGCCAUCACCCUGCGCCUCUCUCACGCCACAUUCCAACCCAGCCAGGCCACGGCAGCCAAUCGCACAUUCAUCCCGUACCUGCGACGCAAACGACCAACCGCCUACCUCCUAUUCACGAUGUUUUCCCCCACGGCCAGCACGCUGACAACCAUUCCUCCACUUAUGGCUCUGCUUCCCGUGCUCCAUUAGCUUCGCCUGGCCACCCCCACUCGGCGUACCCGGCUCCUCUGUCUGCGCGUCCGAGAGAGUACAAGUCAGCUGAAGAAGCCCAACAAGAACUUGCCGGUGGCCGUCCCGAGCUUCUGCCUAAGAUUGUGCACUAUGGUGGACACCAACCUCCCACGCCCCCGUCGCCCGUCGGCGGUCGCAUCAGCAGCAACAACCGAAGAAGAAACCGCGCGGAAUACGAAGAUGGCGCCAGCCCGCCCCUUGGCCAUGGUCCUGCGUCUAGUAGACGAGGCCCCUUCGGCGCGGGCCGGGACAGCCCAGAAUCACAGCGCGCAAAGCGAGAAGAGUUUUUGCGACUUUGCGAGCGGGCUUGGGACCUUUUCCACUCGUAA